GAAAGUGACCCCCUGAGCUCAAUCUUAUUUCCAAAUUCCAAAUUCCAAAUUCCAAAUUCCAUCCCCUUUUAGUGCAUCGGAAAUUUUAACCAAAAGUGGUUUUAAUUAACUUUUUAAGGUUGGUACAAUGAUUUCCACCACACUAAACAGCUGGUGGAGAAAUCAUGCAACCUUGGGAACAUUGUAUUUGCUGUUCCUUGGUCAGGUCGUCUCGUUCGUUCUUGCUCUCAUGAGCUUCUCUUCGUCUCUCAUAGCCCAACUUGGUGUGGAUGCGCCUCUUACUCAGUCCCUUUUUGUUUACUUGUCUCUGGCUUUGGUUUAUGGGAGCAUCUUGAUCUAUAGGCGUCAGCAAUUGCGGGUUCCUUGGUAUUGGUAUGUCUUUUUGGGGUUUGUUGAUGUUCAAGGGAACUAUCUUGUUAAUAAAGCUUUCCAGUUUUCCUCAUUAACAAGUGUAACCUUACUGGACUGUUGGACUGUAGCAUGGGUCAUAGUUUUGACAUGGAUCUUCAUAGGCACUCGAUAUUCCCUUUGGCAGUUGUUUGGUGCAGCUGUAUGUGUGGUGGGUCUUGGUUUAGUGCUACUUUCUGAUGCAGGGGUGGGCGGUGGAGGUGGUUCAAAGCCUCUUCUUGGCGACAUACUUGUCAUUGCAGGAACACUUUUCUUUGCAUUGAGCAAUGUUGGUGAGGAGUUUUGUGUUAAGAAAAAGGAUCGUGUUGAAGUAGUUUCCAUGAUUGGUGUUUUUGGAUUUCUAGUGAGUUUAUGUGAGUUAUCUAUAGUAGAGCUAAAGGAUUUGAAGUCAGUCAAGUGGUCUGUAGAAAUUAUUUUGGCAUUUGCUGUCUAUACUCUCUCAGGCGUUUUAUUCUACACGGUUACUCCAUUCGUUCUAAAGCUUAGUGGAGCCACAUUGUUCAACCUCUCUAUUCUCACAUCUGAUAUGUGGGCUGUUGUCUUUCGGAUCUGCUUGUACCACCAGCAGGUUGACUGGUUAUACUAUAUAGCUUUUGCAGUUGUAGUUAUUGGGCUCGUCGUUUAUUCCACAACUGGUGUUGAUGAUUCUGUUCCUGUACCAACAUUAGAGGAUGGAAACCCCAAUACUCAGUACCAACUACUUAAUGACGAAAACUCUGUAUCUGGAAACCAGUCUUCAACUUCAUCAUGACCCAUAUCAUGAAGAUAUCAACACCUACUUUCGAUUCUAGACCAAUUUAUAUUUAUCAACCAAAAAAAAAAACAAUGCUCUAUUAUUAUGUACUUAAAUAUUAAAUAUUAAUGAUAAAAAAAAUUUAACAA